AUGUUGCCGACGCCGCCAGCAUCACCAACCCUCAAUGGAUUCUGCGCGCCGGAAGACCGUCUAGGCCAAGUCCUUGCCGGAAGACUGCAAUUGACCGGUAUCCUCGGAGUAGGGGCCUAUGGAGUUGUCUACACAGCCGUGGACAUCCAGACAAACACGCCCUAUGCCGUUAAGGCCUUGAACAAGCUUGGCUUGGAGCCCCGGCAGCGGAAGUUCCAGCAACGAGAGAUCCAGCUUCACCACCAGGCCAGCGCUCACCCCAAUGUGGUUUCCUUGGUAAAGAUCAUGGAUGCUCCGGACUGCACCUACGUUGUCAUUGAGUACUGCCCCGAGGGCGAUCUCUUCUCAAACAUCACCGAGCAGGGCAAGUACGUUGGUAAUGACGCUCUAGCCAAGAGAGCUUUCCUCCAGAUCUUGGACGCCGUGGAGUACUGCCAUUCCAUUGGGAUUUACCACAGGGACCUGAAGCCGGAGAACAUCUUGGUAACAGACCAGGGCAUGACCUGCAAGCUCGCCGACUUUGGACUCGCAACGAACGACCACAUCACGUCCGACUUUGGAUGCGGCUCGACUUUCUAUAUGUCGCCCGAAUGCCAAACAUCCGCGCCCAAGGCCUACUCUUGCUAUGCGUCAGCACCCAAUGACGUGUGGAGCCUGGGAGUCAUUCUAGUGAACUUGACCUGCGGACGCAACCCUUGGAAGCGCGCCUCUUUUGAGGACAGCACCUUCCGAGCCUACAUGAAGGAUCCCAAAUUUCUCAGGUCCAUUCUUCCCAUUUCUCCGGAGCUGGAUUCCAUUCUAAGGCGCAUUUUCGAAUUCAAUCCUGCCAGACGGGUCACGAUCGCCGAGCUCCGCGAACUAAUCCAGAGGUGCUCCAGGUUCACCGCCACGAAGUCUAUAGCCCCUACGCCUCUACCUUCUCCACCGUUUUCUCCAGUGGACUGCUCCCAGGCGGGUGCUUUCAAUGGCUGCUACCAGCCUCCUGCUAUCCCUUCCGUUGUUCCUCUCCCGGGUCCGAUCUACUCUCCGCCGGCUUGGGAACUACCCUACCCUCAACACUCGACUUCCUCAGGAAGCUCCAACUCGGACAACGAUUCUGUGUUCUCUUCUUGUUCAUCAGUUUCGUCAGCCUCGUCUACGUCGUCCUUCACAAACGUUACUCCUCCACCGACUCAGAAGCUGCCUGCUCGAGCGGUUCACUCAACAUACGUUUCUCCUCCACCGGCCAACACAUGGUUCCAUCCAUUCAUCCAGGCAGCCAACUUGGUCAAACAUGUCUCGUUCCAGCCACCUAUGAUGGCUGCCCCGGUUCAUGUCUACUAA